AUGGCGUCCAGGUAUUGCACUACUUGUUCUGUGAAGUCCUCGUCCCAAUCAAAGCUAUCGAUUUUGUGGAGUUCCAUUUGGGAUGUUGACAGUGCCAGGAUUCAUUCAAUUUCAACUGGGCGGGCGGCCGAUUGUGCCCGCACUGGCACUACAACAACAAUUUUAGGGUCGGGUCCUAAGAAAGAUUGAAAUAUUGGGCUUAACUACACGUCCCCUUAUAUUGUGAGAUCUAACACGUAAAUUUUUUUUUUUGGUAAAAUGUAAAAUUGUUAUUUUUUUUAACAAAAAAAAAUAUAAUGUUAAGUUAAUA